UUCUUCCCUCCUUUCCUCCCUCCUUCCCUCGCUUCCUCCCUGCUCUGCCUUCACUCACUCAGUGACUCACUCUUUUUUUUUUUUUUCUUUCCUCCAUGUCCCUCGCUCUGGUUUUGGUCACAUAAAGAUCUGCGAGCAAAGCGAUAAGAGGAGCUGGGGGGUAAACCUGAGCUGGAUCAGAGUCUGACAUUCUUUCACCCACUUUUUCCCCUCCUCCUUCCCUUCUGCCACUCUGACUGCUCUUUGUUACAUCAUCUGUCCUCUCCCAUUAUCCGCUGAAAGCCCCCCACACACCCACAGCCGCCCCUCGUCUCCCGUCACCCCAGCAGUGAGUCACUACCUGUAUUGUUUCCUCGGUAACCACUCACAGUGUCGCUCUUGUUUGGGCUCGAUUGGACUCAUCCCGCCCCGCCUGGGUCUGGGACUUGGAGGGUGAGGGGGGUUUACUCUAGUGAGCUAUUACUAAUCUGGUAAAUGGAGGCACUUUGCUGACCCGACAGCUGUUAUUGCUGCUUGUUCUGCUGAGAGUGGAGUGACCUCAUCAGAGACAUGGUCCAACAUGGAGACAUGGUCCAACAUGGAGACAUGGUCCAGCAUGGAGACAUGGUCCAACAUGGAGAAAUGGUCCAACAUGGAGACAUGGUCCAACAUGGAGACAUGGUCCAGCAUGGAGACAUGGUCCAACAUGGAGAAAUGGUCCAACAUGUCCCUUCUCACAGAUCUGUGCAUCCUGAGUGCAUUGACCAGUGGAGGAGCGUUUCCUCAGUUUCAAGCCUCAGAAGGCUGCCUCCCCCUCAAACACAAUGGGGUCACGCUGUCAGAGCAGCCCAGAGGAGUGUCUCAGUAACUCGGGGGAUGUGACCGUCCAGUCCUCAUCUGGCAGGGGGAGUUACUCCCGGUGGUCCACUCUCUCCUGGGACGCCUCCUCAGAUCUCCUCUCCCCUCCGACCCCGGACUCCAGCGGCGUGGUUCACCUGGACAGCGACUCCAGACCCAGUUCAGGUUUCUACUCUGUGAGUGGGAGCUCUCUGUCGGACUCCUGCUACUCCGUGUCCAGUGAAGCUGCCCAUGUUGGACCUCUGACCCCUGCCAGACCCUUAAAGUCGUGGGAACAAGUUUCUGCUUCUGCUGACAACACUGACACCCUGUGGCCAGAAGGUGUUGUGCAGCUGCAGCGUCCUGCGACGGACGGCAACUCGGAGGAAACUGAACCAGCAGAGGAUCCGACUGCACCUGCUCCAGAUGAUCCAGCUGUUCAGGAGAUUGAUGCCUCUGGUCUCAGCUUUCUGUCUGAUCUUUGCUCGGUGGUCGGUGACUCCCUGGUUUCCUUCAUCAUCCCCCUUCUCAAUCCCUCUUCAUCCCCCUUCUCUGUGCAGUUGAAGCCCCAGUUGGACCCCUGCUACUGCACAGACCUGGUGUCUCGUCGAACCAAAGAGGUCUACUCUUUUCCGAGCCCGCUGCACGCCGUCGCCCUCCAGAGCCCCCUCUUUACCUCCCUGAACCAAGAACAAUCAUCCUCCACAACUUCUGAAGGAGUUCAAGACGACGAGGCGGCAGAAGCGAAGCCUGACGCUGCCCCUCUCCUGCCUCAGCAGCCUCCCACUCCGGCCUCUGUCACCCAGCUGGAGCAGUACAUCGCUCGCCUGGCUUGCCAGUACCACCAGCAGGUGAACUCCUCCACCUCCGAUCUCACGUCGCCUGCUGCUCCUGCUCCAAUCCCGCAGAGAGUUCCUUGUACUCCUGGAAAAAGUCAUGGCUCCACCCAAUCUCUAGCUGCCUUUGAGAGCCGUAAUACACCCUCCACCCAGCUGGGUGGCAGCACCACUCCUUGCAAGUCCCUGCUGGGAAACUCAGCCAGAGUCAGCCUCAGCGCUAUGGGGAAAAAGGCCACCAGGAAUUCAAUCAACCUGGGUAAUCUCCCUUCAGCGACCGGAGAAGAUUUAAGCAUCAAUUUGCAUCUCAACCUCAACUUGAACUUGGCUCCAGGGUUGAACUCUAACCGGGGACCCGCCGACGCAGCCAAAAGCAGCAGCAGUGGAGCCAUAAAGAGUGAUGUGAACAUGACUUCAGCUGCGUCUUGCAAGUCUCUGUCAUCUGCCACUCCCACCGCAGGAGUCAGAUCUCGUUCUCGGAUUUCAACUUGUCCGAGCAGCCUGAGCCACCGCAGUUCCCUGGAAGUCCCGCCGAGCUCAGGAGCCACUCCCGGAUUUGGGUCAUCUUCCUUCUGUCGGUCACUGGAUUGGAGCACCGGCGCUCCGCCUGAGGUGGGACAGCCAGUUUUUGUGUCAAACACGGGAUCGGCUCCUGGAUCGCAGCGCAGCAGCUUGAUCCAAGAGUCCUGCUCCAGUCCCAAGCUGAGUGAAGACUCCCCCAUGGUGGGGGAGAUCUCGCGCCUCUCGGGUCUGUCUCGGGCCGUGGUGGUGGGACUGAUGGAGCAAGGUGUGGAGCUGGAUAUCGACUGCUUCCAAACAGAUCCUGCGGGUGUGGUGAGGGGCCACAGUAAAACACACCUGACUCCGCAGAGGGAUCCAUCGCUUGACUACGGCAGGCUGAUGGAAACCACCCCACAGCGGCCGAUUCAGCUCUCCCUCAGUGUCACCCACUCCCCCCAGUCUCAGGCCAGCCUCACCCCUCCUCUCUCACACUCCAACAGUCCCAUUCACCCAUACCAGUCCAUCCACAUCCCUCCCCCUCCUCAGUAUUCCUCACAAUGCCACUACCAGCACAUUCCUUCUCCGUCUGAUCUUCCCUCCUCCACUGCCUCCUCCCCAGCUUCACACCCCACCCCAAGGGCUCGCUCUCCUCCUCGCCCCCUCAAGCCGUCACCUAUGGGGGCCACCCCGCUCUCAGUUUUCCGACGGGAUUCGCCUUUCCAGUGCUCCCUUCCACACAACAACCGAGCCUCCUCUUGGGAGCAUGGAGGACUCCAACCAAGAGGUGGCUCACUCCGACAUAGUGGGGGAGGAGGAGAGGAUGGAAGCAGGUGGAAGAAGCUGGAGAGAGAUGGGCUCUACAGGGGGAAACACGCCUCCCAUAAGCUGGUUAGGGCCGCUACUGUGAGCAGCUACGCCAGGAGAGAGGACUACAGCUCCGUUUGGGCCGAGGAGGCAGCGCACACACCCAGGAAGUCCUCCAGCAAACUAUGGAGGGGCUUUGAGGGACGUUUGUGGAGGAAAGAGUCUGAGACCGAGAAGGAGGAGAUGGACAGAGCUGAGUAUGGAUAUGGCUGGAGCAGGGGGAACAUGGGAAGCUGGAGGAGGGAGCCCCGACGAGCCAAGGGAUCCUCCGACAGGAAGCCAAAGGUUGACCACUCUCCUGUCUUCUCCAGGUCGAGAGGGAAGGAGGACGGGGAGAGACGCAGCUCCAGCCUCCGGCUCUCCAGGAGGGCUCUGUUCAGGAGUGAGUCCCAGGGUCUUCUGGUGCCUCGGAGCCACAGGGAGGAGCUGGCGAAGAGGGGCCAUUGGGUCUCCUCCUUCGAUGUAGCGCAGGGUGGCACAAGCAGAGACGAAGGCGUCAGGCUGCUGAGAGCCAAGGAAGAAGACAAGCGACUGUCCUCCACCGCCAGCCUCUUCAACCUGUCUCGCUCCCAGAGCCUGGAGGGCAGCUGCCAGUCGCUCUCGUCUCUGUCCUCGCCGUCGUUUUCCCCCUCCCCUCCUCCACGCCUGCCGCUGCAGCGCUCUCGGUCGCUGAGGGAUCUGGGGAGGAAGGUGUUCGGCUCCAUGAGGUCUCUGAGUCUCAAACGAAAGCCAUCCAAGAAGUGACACUUGUACAGCCAACGAACCUCAUGUUACAUUCAAAACACCGUUUGUGCUUAGCAUUAUAUCUGAUGUAAAGAAAGUGCCAUCUAGUUUCGUUUGCUGAUUAUUCAGAACUCUGAUGCUGCCUUUAGGAUCUACCUGAAAGGUCCUCUCUGGCACAUGAAGUCCUUCCAACUUGCCAUUACAAUAUCUUCAUUCCCUCUACUAAUAAUCUGGUAAAUUUGAACCAAACUUUUGAUAUCCUCACAAAGUAAAGGAAAAAGUGACAAAAUGCUAAUGGGUUACUUUGAAGCUCAGAGUAGCUGCGUUUCCAUUACAAAUGUUUGCGGAACCUUUGAUAUUCUGCGAAUAUCAAAAAAACACCUCCAAUGGUUAACACUACCAUUGGAGGUUAACACUCUUUCUUAUUUAUCCCGCUAAAUAAGAAUGGCAAUUAAAAUCACACAUGGAUAAGUUUGUUCACAUAACUCAUGAUAUAAAAACCUCCCGCACCUUGAUCAUCCAACCACUUCCUCCUCCUCUUCUUCUUCUUCUUUGCGCCGGUUGGAACAUUAGCUUUUUAUCGUGUGACUGGUGUGAUGCGAAUAAACUAUCUGUUUCAGUUUUGUGACAUAAACCAAUUUUGAUAUGACCAAAAAAAUCGUAGUGGCAAAACUUCUCAACAAAUGAGUUUGUUCAAAAUUGAUGUUUCUAUUAAGUACAUUUAUUUUCAAAAUGUCAAGUUGCACAAUUAUAUGGUAAACGGAAACGCGGCUUGGUUUUUGGAUCAGUAAACUUAUUUGUUGGGACUCCUGGUAACAGUGAGUAAAACUUUUAUUGCAGCAGCACAAUUUCAUACCAAACAUUUAAAUUGAAUAUAUUUAUUGGAGAAGAAAGAUGCAUAUUUGUCCAGCUGUUUUAGGCAGCUGAUACAGAUAAACUAUUUGUUAUAAAUUUGAACAAAUUCAUGUAUUUUAAUGAAACACAUUAAAAUACAUUGUUAGAUUAUACAACAAUCAGAAUUUUUGCUUUCUUGUUAGUAAUUAUUUGGUGACUUUAACUCCAAAGCAAAUCUGGCUGCACCCAAACCUGCAUUUAGUUGAUUUAACUAAAUAAAGCAAAAGAUUGAGAUUUUUGUUUUCAAAGAACAAGUUACCCAAAUCCUUUCCUUUUGCUGAGAAGUUCAGAAAGUAAAAAUCAGUGGAACGACCAAAGAUAUUUGGAAACUCAAUGGCUUUCCUUUAAUAAAACAAGCCAAUAAAACUAUUUUAUGUAUUUUAUGUUUAUGCUUUUCACAAAAAUAUUGCAAGAUUAAUUUGUUGAGCUGGUAAAAUAAAUAAAAAAAAAACUCACAAAUCAUUUUGCGUUUCUGAUUUAGAAAAAAAGUGACACAUUUGCAAUAAGAGGCUCUUAGAACACUUGAUUGGCGUAAAAUAAAAAUUAGUAUAAAAUGAUUUAUGCUUUAAUUUUUAGGGAAACCAAGAAAUGGACCAGCAUUGAUUUGAACAAACCUUUAAGUUUCAAACUGUAAACUUCAAAGUAAAAUUCAGAGAUGAUUUACAAAAAGCAUAAUUUAACAGUAGUACUUAAUAAAGUGAAUCACAAUAAAGAAUGUUUUUUUCAUAUGUUUUAGAAUAGAACUGUGCUACUGCAAUGAAAAUAUUAACGCAUCUUUGCCGAGAUUUGUCUGAAUAACCAAUUCAUAUCUUUGUGAAUACUGACCGAAUAACUAUUUCUUAAAAAAAACAAUGCAAUGGAGGAAAUAUACAAUAUUUUAAAUAGGUGUUUUUACUGGAGGUUUUUGAUGUUUCAACAAAAUCAGACGGGAAAAAAAUCAACUCUGGGAAGCUUCUGUAGUUCAGGUUCAUCAUUCUGAAUAUUAACUCAUUCUUGGCUAUAAAAAGCUUAGUUGCAUAAUGCUCCAUCUCCACUGUAACCAUGAGAAUGAAUGUGUGCGCACAUACUCCCCGCUCUGCAUGCUGCUCUGUGACUCGUUCAGUGAUAAUAGCUGUUUUGAGGACGUGAUAUUCUUUAAUAAUUGGCAAUACAGCCUCUGAAGUACAAUCAUAUUGGCCAGAUGAUGACCAAAACCAGGCAAAUACUCUUUAACUUGAUAUUUUGCUCAGGACUUUGAAAUGAAUAUGGAAUUAUUAAAAUAAUGAAGAAUUGUAUGACUAUAAUUUGUGGCAUAUGAUAAAUAAAAUAAGCUGAUAAAUGGUGUGUCUAAAA